CCCCCCCCCCCCCCCCCCCCUUUCCCCUCCUCUCCCUCCUUUCUCUCGCGCGCCCUUUUUCUCUCUUCAAAGACCAGGCCGCCCGGUCGGCUUCUCCAGGUCCUACGGCCGUUCCCUUCUCCACCCACGCCCCCUUUCGUUCCCUCGGUCCUACCGUCGAUCAUGCUGCUUUGGGUCGACCCGAUAUCCAAUCGUACCCUCGACUAAUUCUCGCUGCUCUCCCAAAGCUCUGAUUACUGGAGCCUUGUCACGUCCGUGUUCGUCGUUUGAACCAUCCCUCCCAUAUCGUCCCCUCUCGUCGUCCUGCCAGCCAGCUGCCAUCACGUCAGGCAUCGCCCGCCAGCGUAUCGUGUCCAACCAAUUGGCACCCGCCUAUCGUUUCGCGCCCUGGGACCACAGACAUCCUGUUUCCAUCACCCAUCACCCACCAGGCAGGGGACUUACGUACUUUACGCUCAUUCAGUGCUCUGUCUGUGUGUGUACCGUAACGGAGGUGGAAAAUAAACAAAAAUAACCAUCGGGUUGUCUUGGUGCUCCUAGAUACAGCAGCGGAAGGCACGUUUGGCCACGGUCCACCACCCACGCAAGCAGCAAACAACUCUCUUGUUGUCUCAAUUUCUCGCUGUUUCUGCUGCUGAGGCAUCUGUUGCUGGUCUAACAGAACCACCCAAACGCGUUGCCGGUCGAUUUCACUUUUGUUCUCUUUUCUUUUUUUCCUAGUUUUCCUUGUGUUGUUGUUGUUGUUCCCUCGAAGUGUUGUCCACGCUUUUCAACUGAACCACGCUCCAGUCGAAUCCGGAUUUCCACCCAGCGUGCAAUUGGACUUCGCCUUCACACGCCAAACUAAACAACAAACUACAACGAGCAACACAACGCACUGGCCGGUUCACAUCUACCAAUUGUGAAUCGUCUCAAAUAAUCACUCUCACGGGACGCGUUGAGAAAACAAUUGUUGCGUCUUACAAUCUUUUACUGAUGAUUUGGACAACUAGCAACUAUACUCUAUAAACGUGGGUAAACAAAUAUUGGGUUUUCGGGUGUCUGUGUAGGCAAAUGUCAAUUGCUUGAAGCAAAGGCACGCAUCCGUUUCCUUCGAAAAUAAAAAGGCAAUUGGUUGUGAAAGUGGUAAUUAACUUCUGGAAUACGGAAGAUCUAAAUCACCACUGUUCACCCUCUUGCUGUUUCAUUUUCCGAGGGAAGGCAUGUCGUCUGCUAUGCAGACAGUCUCCCAGCAUAGCACCACUCAGUCUCCCAGUCAGUAUGCAUCAACGGGAUCUCCGAGACAUCCAAUUCACCAAACACCAGUUGGACCACGCCAGUCAAGCCGGCACAGGACUGAUCAUGCUGCCGCACGCAACUCUCCUGUUAGCCCUGACCAAUUCUACUCCCCUACCUCUGCCGUCACUUCGACAAUGAAUUCUCCACAGCAUCUUCCACUACCUCCCUCCACCCAUGGUUCCCCUGUUACUCCAUCUACAGGCCAAGGGUCCAGCAGUAAUACGCGCCCGCGCCCGACGCCCACUCUAUCUGAUGGCCCUGGUUCUCCCCCGAUCCCCCCUCCCCGCACAUCGUCAAAUCAACGAAGUCGCACUUCGUCAACUGCUCCAUCCGCCAAUGCCUCCACUGAACGAGUAGCGAAUCCCAAACAUUCUAGGAGGAGGGGAGAUGGUACACGAGAUCGUGGGGACCGGGAUCACACCCAUGACACAAACGGCAGGGACAUGCCGAAUGAUGAUACCCCAUCAGGCGCUGCUAAGCGUCGAAAAGGCCCGCACUCGCCUGACGGCCCACAACGAGCUGCAAGUACGCGGGAACCAAGAGACCACGCCUCACCUUCCGCAAUGGAGACCCGAUCUGAGGCCGCAAUGGGACCAACUCCGAUUCCCGCUGGCAUUGAGAAACAGGGAAGCACGGUAAUUAAUCGGAUGGUAAUAACAGAUCCCGAAGUCGAUAUCGUACGAGAAAAAGAACGCCUAGCGGAAGCCCAACCUGCCCCAGAUUCCCUGUCAGGGCUGGGCCUUGUAAGCAGUGAGGGUGUCGACGAUGGAGGCCGUGGUGCUAGAAGCCGACACGAUUAUUCAAAUUCCUCGUCGAGGCGAAAAGAAACUACUUUUGGCGACUAUGUUCUUGGUCAAACCAUUGGCGAGGGUGAGUUUGGGAAAGUUAGACUUGGUUGGAAGAGGGACGGCAGCGUGCAAGUCGCAAUCAAAUUGCUCAGAAGGGACAGCCUUGGAAACAACCCCAGCCGCCUCCCGAAAAUAUAUCGCGAAAUCUCAAUCCUAAAAGAGCUUUCACAUCCAAAUAUUGUCCGACUGCACGAGAUGGCCGAGACCGAUCGACAUAUUGGCAUUGUUUUAGAGUACGCAUCCGGAGGUGAAUUGUUCGACUACAUCCUUAACCACCGGUAUCUAAAAGAUAACCCUGCUCGCCGCUUAUUUGCCCAACUGGUUUCUGGCGUAGGCUAUUUGCAUAAGAAAGGGAUUGUCCACCGGGAUCUCAAACUGGAGAAUUUGAUGCUCGAUCGAAACCGCAAUAUCAUCAUCACAGACUUUGGUUUCGCAAACACGUUCGACCCUACCGAUGAAUUGGGCGAUGAAAUCGAAUAUAACCUGACGAACAGAGAAUUCGUGAAGAGAAUGAAACUAGACCGGCCUAACGCAAAGGGUUUAAGACGUGGUGACCUUAUGCAAACUAGCUGUGGCAGUCCGUGUUAUGCAGCUCCAGAGCUAGUCGUUACCGAUUCAUUAUACACUGGGCGUAAAGUUGACGUUUGGAGUUGUGGGGUUAUUCUGUACGCUAUGCUUGCUGGCUAUCUCCCCUUUGAUGAUGAUCCUGCGAACCCAGAGGGCGAUAACAUAAACCUUCUUUACAAAUACAUUGUAACCACACCUCUCACUUUCCCCGAGUACGUCACACCACAUGCGCGGGAUUUGCUACGGUGCAUUCUUGUCCCGGAUCCGCGAAAACGGGCCGACCUCUUCGAAGUUGCGCGACAUAGCUGGCUUGCGGAGUAUGCACAUGUAGUAUCGCACAUUACGAGUAAUACCACUAAUGUGGCUGAUAUCGCGAACACCACUGUUCCGGCCGAAGACCAACAACAAACACCAUCCCUUGCUCGUAGCGCUUCUGUUAGAGAACCUCCCAAAGCCCAGCAUCAGAGCAACGUGUCUCCAGUGGGAGGUCUCAGCCACCAGCCAGGCAAAAUAUCACAGGAUGAUGAAAAGCAAAAGCCAAGAGACGCGAAAAGGAGAACAGUCCAAGUUGAAUAUGUGCCACCUCAGUCUCAAACUGCUCGUGGUGACUCAACCACCGCCUCUUCGUCUUUGGGUCCAACGUCCGGUCAUGCAGGAUUAUCUCAAGGGCGACCAAUGUCUAGUGGUCGAGAACCUCCUUCGAGUGCAGGGGCUGCUGCCCCCGCUAAGGCUACGAUAACUUCGAGGUCUAAACCAUUACCGAGGGAUCCGCCUGUAAACACCCAUCCUACAAGCUAUAACACAACGGACCGCCUUCAAGGUAGGCCACAAUCACAUUCUGGAAACCUAGCCCAAUCGAUCUCAGACCUAACUGGUACAUACUCUGGUAUUCAAGGUACUUUAUCCCAAACGACCCGGCCUCAAACUGGCGGGUCCCUGGCUUCUACAGGUGCUGGCAAAUAUGACAGCCGUCUGCCGUCUCGAGGUUCAUAUAGCCAACCUGCAGCUCCCGCGGUUGCAACAACCAAUGUGCAGGGACGACUGGCCCAACCAAAAAAUGGUAAAACUUACAGUGUUUCUCCGCCGAUCGCUCAACAAACUACAGAGAGUUCAGUUGGUCGCCCGAGCACAAAUCAGGAUUACAGUGCUGUCCAGCAGCAAGCACAAACCAAGAGCCACAAGCGUUCUAGCACUGUGAGUAGCAUUGGAGAGAAGUUGUUCGGGCGAUCUGGCUCCAUAUUCGGUGGACGAUCAUCUCAGCAUGGUCAACGAUCAAGUAAACGCUAUCCUCCAACGAGUAUGAAGGAACCUAUUGUCUCGGAUGAACCACGAGCAUCAAUGGACUCGCGUCGAUCGAUUUCACACUCUUUUCAUCGGAGACACGUUGAUUCCAGCCAAGAGCAUAGUGCCAAGCCACGAAGAUUCUCUCUCUUGCCUGCGUCGUUUUCUUUGAAAGCGUUCUCAUCCAGCAAAGAAACGCCUCCUACUGCUGACUCCCACAUCGCCCAGGUUAAUGAUUCUGUUCACGCUCCAGAGAGUCGAGGACAUCAGCAGCAACAGCAAUCGCAGUCUCUAUCAACUGCCAAUGCUUCCUCGCAAUCUCAUCAUCCACGAGCCGCUGACCACACCCAAGACGAACAAGGAUUUGGCAACACCAAUGACCAAUUGAAUAUGAUGAAUUACUCUGCUCAAAUCGAUCAGCAGUUUGCCGCCCUGCAUGGCGACUCGGAACCCCAGUACGAAAGCAACCCUUAUGGAUCACCUCACAUUGCCGCUGAGCAAUAUUACCAAGAGGACCCCCGUGCCAACUCUUCUUCGGCGAGAUACUUGUCCGAGCCGCAGAGUUCCAGUUACACGGAACAGUUUAUGCCAAGUUAUCCGGAAGGAUAUAAUCCGGGCCAUGGCAAUGGUAACGACUCGCGGCAAUCGAUACAGCCUAGCCACCAGUCUGGGAGGGGAUCCAAUGUACUACAGAAGAACCAUCGCAGGUUCGCGGAUGCAUAUGAGCACGAGAAAGAUCCGUCAAAUCAUUCUGGCAGCUCUGGGGCUGCAAGGAGGGUUAUGGACUUUUUUAGGCGACGGGGCAAGUACCGCGCUGGUGAUCAUCAGUAAGAAAUUGGUACUUGAGCUUGCAAUCGUCAGCUUAGGGAAAUCACAUGCCACACACGCAGGUUUUCAGCAGCAGGGAAAAGGGAGAAGUGACGCAGAGAUAAAGAAAAAGAAAGAUUUUUUGUGGAUUGGUAUUUAUUUUUUACUGGGGAGGAUUAAGGGCGCCAAAAAAAAAAUUUGGUGAAUGGUUGGAAGCUAGCAGGAGAACAGAGGGAGGUUUUAUAUGCCCCGCCCCGCAAGAACAACCAACAUCCAAUCCUCCCCGAUUAAUUUCGUCCAUUUUGCAUAUACUCACACACAGACGUUUAAAUCCUAUUUCGGGGGGGUAGACAGUUACAGCGAGAAAAAAGAGCCCCUUCAAAGCAAGGCUCUCUCGACUUCAUGACGCCGAAUCAGCCCCCCUCGACGCUUGUACCACCAUAUCACAUUUACCCCUUUUCCCAUUAUAUGUGUGUCCUUUUUCGAAUUCGAAAAUUUUGAGUUUUCUUCUCUUAUAUGAAUUUUAUUCCCCCUUGGGCGUGUCUCGUUCGUCUUUUUUUUUUUUUUCGUUUCUGUAUGUUUUUUUAUAUUUCUUUGUCCAUUUCGACUGGGAAAACCGAUAUUCUCUCCGCCAUUGAUUGAUUGAUCUCCCUCUUCCGCUUGAGCCUGAUAACUUGCACGCUUGAACUUGUUUUGGCGAAACGAAAAACAAAUUCCCUCUCGAGUUUUCUUUUGUUCCUUUGUUUUUAUCCUUUUUUCUUUUGUCUAGGUCCGCUCUUCUCUGCCAUGUCUUUUUCGUCUGCUGUGUCCUCCUAUCACACUGUUCCCCCUCUUGUUUUCCUCUCUGGUCUUUUCUUUUUCAUGCUUUAGUAUUUAUUAUUUAUUUCUUUUUCUUUUUCGUUUCUUUUCUUUCCUGUCUUCUAUUAUCAUAUCUGGAUUCAUUCUUCUGUUUCUCUUUUUAAUUUUGUGUCAAUAAAUAUCCAUUGUGCCUCUGUUUUUAUUAGUUAGCUUCUAGUUUCUUCACUACUUUUUUUCUUGCACGUUUUCGUUAAAAUUCAUUACUUUUAUUUUCCUUUGUGAAUGCUAUUAUAUGUUCUACUGUUUCUCUUUUCAUUUUCACAUUCAUCUGAAUAUCUGGAUAAAUCAAACAAAGGUCUUUUUUCUGCAUGGUUCUUUCUUUAUUUUUCUUCUGUCAAAUUGCUAACAUCUUGUGGGGUUUUCAUUUCUCUCAUACAACACCUUUAAACCUCAAGUUAUUUAAACCCGGUCAAUAAAUUGACUCGCCGUACUUUUUUUUCUCACUCUCUCCUCUCUCUCCCUCCCUCUCUCUCUCUCUUAUAUUGAUUGAAUUGAAAAUCACUUUUACUCUUUCCGGCAUGUGAUCUACCUAUAUAUAUUUUUCCUUUGUAACUCCUGACAUACGCGCGCGCGUGUCUUUUUAAACAGGUUCUUUCUUUCUUUUUUCUCAUGGUUGUCUUCUUUAAAUAUUGAGUAAUAUAGCUAUGGACAUGCUUUUUUCCGCUCUCUUUUUUUCCCCGCAUACUGUUAUUAGUAUUAUUAUUAGCUAUUAUUUUUAUCCAUGUUUAACUAAACUCCCUGUCAUUCAUAUUUUAAAAUAGGCUCUUCUUUUUCUCCCUUCAUUUUUAUUUUUUACUUGUUAGUUUUUACUUGUAUAGUUUAUUUAUAUUUAUACUUGGCUACUUGAGAUCAUUAAUCAUCUCAUAUGUCCGAUGGCAGGGUGUUGGUUAUAGCUUCCAAGGUUAUAUUCAUCUGUCACUUGUUGCAGUACAGAAUACAUAUUUGUAUUCAUUCUUGAAAGACAAUUGAUUAUUAUAGCUCUGUUAGUUUUGCAUUUGUAUCUAUUUCUCAUUUUUUUCCAUAACUACGGGAAGUUGAGCCGUAUUAACAAGAGGCUUUUUUUUAUACAUGUCGCGCUGAUUUUGCUUUUAGUGUGCCAAAUGGUAAGCUCUAUCUAGCUGCUAUCUAGCUGUGAGUUAUCUCUUUUGAACAUUUGAGACCAA